GGUCCCGAGUCACGUGACUUAGACUCGCGUCUUUACAUGGCGAGCAGGGUGAGGUCGGGCCUCGACGAUGGAUGUCAGUCGAGGGGGAGUUCUGCUACCACAGCGAACACCCGGCACGGGCCUAAACUUUCACGCGGUGCCCCUGUUUAAAACUAAUUAGGCCUCUAACAUCUGAAGGGAGGAUGACGUGGCCACCGUGGUAAUGCCAAUCAACCGCAACCCCGUAAGCCCAGAGCCGCACUGGCUGGAGAGAUGCAAGAGUGCGGGUGCAUGUCCUGCCGUCAAGCCAACCCUUCCUUUUUCUUCUCACCACUACCUUUUUGGGAUGACGAGCGCGAUAGUGGCAACGCCAAUGGUGACCUCCGUAAGCCCAGACGGGACUGGCCAGAGGACUGUGGGUUCAAGUCCCACCGUCACCCCAACCCUUCCUUCUUUUUCUCUUCUCCACUACCUUUUGGGAUGGUGAGGUGCAAUAGUGGUAGCGCCAAUGGUAGCCUCCAUAAGUCCAUGGGCAGGCUGGAGGAGUGCAGGUUCAAGUCCUGCCAUCACCCCAACACCCUUCCAAUUCAUCUUUCUCUCCACUACCUCUUAGUGAUGAGGCGCGAUAGUGGUAGCGCCAACGAUAGCCCCAUAUGCCGACAAAAAGUUGACUGCAAGGAAUGCAGGUUCAAGUCCUGCCGUCACCCCAACACUUUCAUUUCUCUCCACCACCCCUUCUACCAAAGGCCUAUCUGCCACAUGCCUUUAUUCAACAAGCAUGAGCAAGAUGCCACCAACACCCAUCGCCUUCUGCUGCCACUGGAACAUUCACCAGCCUGCCGUGACAUAAACCCGUGAAAGCACCCUCCAACUCACCCACCUGCAAGAACCGCGCACUCAAACAUUGACUUAACCAUAGGCACACAGCAGCAAAACAUGCGACCCCAACACUGGGGGUCGCGUGUCCUUUUCUCUAUCCAACCUCUUUCCACCUCCAUUCUCCCUCACCCGUUGUUCAAUCUCAGUGUAGGGGUCGCAUGCCCCUUUAUGCG